AUGGCUUCCAAAUCCUCUUUGAAAUACAUCUUCCAUCAUGUUUUUCUCCCUCCAAAAUUACCCAACCAGGAAGAUGGCCGAACAGAGCACGAUGCAGUCUUAACUCAAAUUCUUCGAGAAGAACUUCAGAACUUCCACGAUGCUUUUUCAUCUCACCAAAAUUCACAAUUCAAGCGGGUCAUCGAGAUGGUAAAUGGCAUGUUAGCUGGAGAAGAUGACACUAAUACGCCGACUUCAAAAGUGAUCAAAAACCUCGAAACAAUGAAAACUCAAGAUAUUUGUGCUAUGCACAUUGAAAAGCAGACUGCUGGCAUAAUUAUCCGGCGAUUUUCAGCCGAAUACUCCUUUGAGACUUUCGAGUUAUCGCCAAAGAAUGAGGACCUAAUGACAACGACUGGGCGACUACGAAGAUACUUUCCAGGUCCAGCAGUGGCCGUUCCUCAAAGUCGUGUUAAAGAACGAGCAUUCAAGGAAGUACUCCUUCAUUGUAUCGAAAGUUUAGUGCGAGAGACACCCAUCAUUGUUCACCCGCAUACAACUAAACAAGGCACCGCUGAACCUGAAAUUAGAGACACCAUUGACCCGACACUCGUUACCAAGGCGUUUACUCAAACUCGACUCAGUUAUUGA